CCCGCCCUGGCGCAGCUGCGAGGGGGCUGCCCCGCCGACUCCUCGGUCGCCUUCCCGUCACAGCGGCUGCUCCCGGGUGCCUCCCGCCCCACGCGUUUCAGCUUUCGCCUGCGCCCCGUCUUCAACGCUUCUGCGCAGUUCUUGCACUGCCAGCUGAGCCGCUGUCGCCGCCUCCGGGGAGCCCGCCGGAUGCCUGCUCGCCGAAAGCCUGCACCUCCGACGCUGCCCCCGCCGUCGCCGUGUCUGCCUCCGGAUGAGGCGUGCGCGGGCGCCGGCAGUGGCAGCGAUGAGAGCCUAGGUGCCGACAGCCCCUACCUGCACACGCUGACGCAGCCCAUCGUGGUCACGGUGCCGCGGCUGCCCCCCAGGCCGCCCAAGGGCAUCCCCGGCAGAACUGUGCGCCCGGAGCCUCCCGCGUCGGUGGUAGCGCUUGUGGUGGCCGCCUUCGUGUUGGGCGCCGCUCUGGCUGCCGGGCUCGGCCUCGUCUGCACGCACUCAGCGCCCGCACUCCCGGUCCCGCCCCCGAGAGCCUCGCCCAGCUGCCCCGAGUCCAGGAGGCCCCAGUGAGGCAGGGAUGGAACGCCCCCAACAGGGUCUGGAGACGCACUAGCCACGGCCUCGGACCAGGCCCGCCAGGACUGGACCGGCUGCCAUUAACCUCGGACCCUAUGGGACCACGAUCCCUGCGUCCCGCGACCCCUCGCUCCCACCUUCUCACCUGGGCUCAAAAUAAACAUCUGGUCUGACUUGC